GAAAGCAGUAACUUUUAUCAGAUCUCGCUUUACUAGAGUUGCCGAAGAUCAUCCCAGCAGGCACCAGUUGCACAAGAUCAUCGACUGAGAGUCAAAAGACACUGUUCAAUUUCAGAAGAAACUGACCUGACCUGACCUGGCCUCCUUCAAUGGAGGACGCUUACGCCCGAUCUGUUUCAGAGGUUCUUGAAUUCUUUGCCGUGGAUCCAACUAAAGGUCUUACGGAUUUAGAGGUUACACAACAUGCACACUCAUAUGGCAAAAAUGUGUUGCCUCAAGAAAAAUGCACUCCUUUCUGGAAGUUGGUGCUGAAGCAAUUUAACGAUUUGCUUGUUAAGAUUCUAAUUGCAGCUGCUUUUAUUUCCUUUAUUUUGGCACUUGCUAAUGGAGAAACGGUAUUAUCAGCCUUCAUUGAACCUUCGGUUAUCUUGAUGAUAUUGGCUGCAAAUGCAGCGGUCGGGGUGAUCACAGAAACAAAUGCUGAAAAGGCUCUUGAGGAGCUACGUGCAUACCAAGCUGACGUUGCUACUGUCCUGCGCAAUGGUUGUUUCUCGAUAUUACCUGCAGCAGACCUUGUCCCUGGAGAUAUUGUAGAAGUGAGUGUUGGGUGUAAAAUUCCAGCUGAUAUGAGAAUGAUCGAGAUAUUGAGCGAUCACUUACGUGUUGAUCAGGCAAUUUUAACAGGUGAGAGCUGCUCUGUGGAAAAAGAGCUUGAUGCAACGACUGCUACAAAUGCAGUAUACCAGGAUAAGACAAGCAUCCUCUUUUCUGGCACUACAGUAGUCGCUGGAAGGGCAAGGGCUGUUGUUAUUGGGGUUGGAUCUAAUACUGCAAUGGGCAGUAUACGUGAUUCUAUGUUAAUGACUGAAGAUGAGGUGACGCCAUUGAAGAAAAAGUUGGAUGAAUUUGGCACUUUUUUGGCAAAGAUCAUUGCAGGAAUAUGUGUGCUAGUUUGGGUGGUAAACAUUGGGCAUUUUAGUGAUCCUGCCCAUGGUGGCUUCUUGCGAGGUGCAAUACAUUACUUUAAGAUUGCAGUUGCACUGGCUGUUGCAGCAAUCCCUGAAGGGCUUCCUGCUGUUGUUACAACGUGUUUGGCCCUUGGGACAAAGCGAAUGGCUCGUUUAAAUGCUAUUGUGAGAUCCUUGCCGUCCGUAGAAACCUUGGGCUGCACGACAGUAAUCUGCAGUGACAAGACUGGCACUCUCACAACAAAUAUGAUGUCUGUGUCAAAGAUUUGUGUGCUUCAUUCAUUAAAUAAUGGUCCAAUGAACUCUGAAUACGUUGUUAGUGGAACAACUUACGCACCAGAAGGUUUUAUAGUUGACAGCUUGGGAGCUCAGCUAGAGAUUCCUGCUCAGUAUCCUUGUCUACUUCAUAUAGCAAUGUGCUCAGCUCUAUGCAAUGAGUCUGUUAUACAAUACAACCCAGAUAAGAGGAUUUAUGAGAAGAUUGGUGAAUCAACUGAAGUUGCCCUCCGUUUGCUGGCAGAAAAAAUUGGUCUUCCUGGUUUUGAUACAAUGCCCUCUGCUUUAAAUAUGCUAAGCAAGCAUGAACGGGCCUCUUACUGUAAUCGGUAUUGGGAAAGCCAAUUUAAAAAGGUUUCUUUAUUGGAAUUUUCACGUGAUCGCAAAAUGAUGAGUGUGCUUUGUAACCGGAAGCAGAUGGAGAUAAUGUUCUCAAAAGGAGCUCCAGAAAGCAUACUUUCAAGAUGUACCAAUAUACUGUGUAAUGAUGAUGGUUCUACGGUCCCUCUUUCUGCACAUAUUAGAGCUCAGUUGGAAGCAAAGUAUAAUAGUUUUGCAGGAAAAGAAACUCUUAGAUGCUUAGCUCUAGCCUUGAAAAGAAUGCCUAUGGGUCAACAAUCGCUCUCCUUUGAUGAUGAAAAUGACCUUACGUUUAUUGGGUUGGUUGGGAUGCUUGAUCCACCAAGGGAUGAAGUAAGAAAUGCCAUCCUUUCAUGUAUGAAUGCGGGCAUACGUGUAAUCAUUGUUACUGGGGAUAACAAGACAACUGCAGAAUCCUUGUGCCAAAAAAUUGGUGCCUUUGAUCACUUGGGAGAUUUUACUGGGUUUUCUUAUACUGCCUCUGAGUUUGAAGAACUCCCGGCAUUGCAGAAAUCAGUGGCAUUACAACGAAUGACAAUUUUAUCCAGGGUCGAACCAUCCCACAAAAGGAUGCUGGUUGAAGCAUUACAGAAUCAAAAUGAAGUGGUUGCAAUGACUGGAGAUGGAGUAAAUGAUGCACCUGCACUGAAGAAAGCAAACAUUGGAAUUGCCAUGGGAUCUGGAACUGCAGUUGCAAAGAGUGCUUCAGAUAUGGUUUUAGCAGAUGACAACUUCGCCACCGUUGUUGCAGCAGUUGCUGAGGGAAGGGUUAUAUAUAACAAUACGAAGCAAUUUAUUAGAUACAUGAUAUCUUCAAACAUUGGUGAAGUGGUCUGUAUAUUUGUGGCUGCUAUGCUUGGGAUUCCUGAUACUCUUGUGCCUGUCCAACUGCUAUGGGUAAAUUUGGUCACUGAUGGAUUACCUGCCACAGCUAUUGGGUUUAAUAAACAAGACUCAGAUGUUAUGAAGUCCAAACCUCGGAAGGUCAAUGAAGCAGUGGUUAGUGGGUGGCUGUUUUUCCGUUAUCUAGUUAUUGGAGCAUAUGUUGGACUUGCCACUGUUGCAGGUUUUAUAUGGUGGUUUGUUUAUUAUGAUAAUGGACCGAAACUCCCAUAUACUGAAUUGAUGCAUUUUGACAGUUGUUCAACAAGGGAAACAAAUUAUGCUUGCAGUAUAUUCAGUGAUCGCCACCCAUCUACUGUUUCAAUGACGGUGCUUGUUGUUGUUGAGAUGUUCAAUGCAUUGAAUAAUCUCAGUGAAAAUCAAUCUUUACUUGUCAUCCCUCCAUGGAGUAAUCUAUGGCUUGUUGCUUCGAUUAUCUUCACCAUGAUCCUUCACAUUCUCAUUCUUUAUGUGCAACCAUUAUCCGCUCUAUUCUCUGUGACACCGUUAAGCUGGGCAGAGUGGACAGUUGUGCUAUACCUUUCAUUUCCUGUGAUAUUAAUUGAUGAAAUACUGAAGUUCUUCUCUCGAAAUUCAGGAAUAAGAUUCAGUUUCAGAUUCAGACGUGCUGAUUUACUUCCAAAAAGAGAGAUACGUGACAAGUAAGCUCUCAGACUUGUACACUGAGGAUGACUGUUGGAAGCUCAAGCACUAAAUGUUGCAGCUGAAAGAUUAGAUAAAGUACACAACAAAUUUUGUUCCAACUGAAAAGACAUGUGUUGUACAUUUUUUCUGAUUCAACUCUCAUUUCAUUAGAUGAGAAAUUUACAAGCAAGAAUUUGAGAAUUAAGGGCCCGUUCGGUCACUGGAUAAGACUUGAGUUAUUCAUGUAUAAAAUGUUGCAUAAGCUUUACGUGUUUGGUA